UUUAUUUAAUUAUAUUAAUGACACUGUGCUGAAGUAUAAUUCCGGUAACUGCAAUUUCUCUUUAUGAAGAGUGAACAAAAAUGUACGAUUAAAUGUGUGUGUAACUGUGUCAUUCGUAGACUUGCGCUAAUGACCAAAAGCAUGACGACUGCUCACAUGAAGAAGGAGCAUAAAGAAGCCCUUUAAGUCCAAACAUGCUAAAUGUAACAUACAGUAUAUGUGUAGUUAUGAAUUUCACAUAUGCAAAACUCAUUUGGUAACUUGAAUUGUAAUUUUGGAACGUUUUUGUGGAUCCAAGGGUUAUAAAAUGUCGGCCACAGCUAAAUGCAUAAUGAAUGUGCUUUUUUGUCAAGUGUUAAGAUGUAUAGUUAGGAACAUUUAAUUGGUGGUGUCCAUUAAAAAGUGAUAAUUGUGUGUUUAUUUUACAAGAUUUAAACAAUUUAUAUCUUUUCAUGAAUUUAAUAUGAUAAGCUCUUUUGGAAAGUGCACUAUGCAGUCAUUUUGAGUGUUAAGUGUGAUGUUCUCUAUGAUCUUUCUCUAUCUUUUAUCUCUACAAAACUGUGACUAAGAUAAUACAAUGACAGCCUUAAAACCAAAUUGCUUGUGUGCUUGAGCUUUCUCCAACUUGCUUAUUUUGUAUAAAAGGACCGUGAGCUUUAAGAUCAAGGUUUAUUGUUUCGUAUUUUCUCUCUCUGUAUGUGUGUGUGUGUGUGUGUGUGUGUGUGUGUGUGUGUGUGUUUACAACCUUGACCACCUCAUAGAGCUUUCAGAUUUCUCCUAAAAAAACAUUCAGAAAUGAGAUGUGAGCCUUCCCUAUCACACUUGUCGACAGGCGAACGGAUCACAAACACGGACAGCAUGGCCUAUCGUACUCGCAUAAGGAGCUUCAUCUGUUCAAGUUUGGUCCACCCAAGAUCUGAGAUGAUGCUCACGAGACCUUUUCACAAACUUCCCAAACUCUGCAGUCAGUCCCCGCAAAAUGGUUCCUCAGGCUCGAAAGUGUUGGUGCACUUUGUAAAUCAGUCGGGAAUGAAAAGCAGUGUCUUUGUUACAGAGGGGGAGAGUCUUCUAGAUGCUGUCAUCAAGAAAAAUCUUGACAUCAGUGGAUUUGGAGCGUGUGAAGGUACUCUGGCUUGUUCCACAUGUCAUCUGAUAUUUGAAGAAAGUGUGUAUGACAAACUGGAGCCAACGGUGGAUGAAGAAAUUGACAUGCUGGAUUUGGCUUAUGGACUCACAAAGACAUCUCGUUUGGGGUGUCAGGUGACUGUGAACUGCUGGAUGGACGGAAUGACAGUUUGUGUUCCCCAAGAGAUCAAAGAUCAAAGAGGAAAGCAAGAUGCGCAGAGCAGCAAAUGAUACAAUGACGCACACGCUUGAUUACUAUUUCAUUUAUUACACAGUCAAAUGAGUUUUCUUUUAAGAACAUGCAUUUUGGUUAUUUUACAUCCAUAAUAUGACAAACCGAACGUGGCUUAACCUCAACAGAAACAUUUUCCAGCAGUCGUACUAUUGAAGAAGAUAUUUAGAAAAAUGUCUCUUUGGCUUUGUGUCCAUACAAUGAAAGUCAAUGGGAGCCAGUGUUACAUAUAUACUAAAAAUAUAUAUCUAAGAAAGUAAGUCAUACAGGUUUUGAAUUACAUGACUAUGAAUAAAUGAUGAUAAAAUUAAAAUGUU